UUCAAACAAGAAGUAACGAACUCAACCUCCAAAUGACGAAAACAACCAAAAAAUGCAUCAAACUCUCUUUCUACACAAGCCUCUUCCUUCUCCUCUUCAGCCAUGCAACCUCUCAUCAGCUCCAUGAUCAAGAGCAGGCAGUUCUACUGAAGCUAAAGCAACACUGGCAAAACCCCCCGUCCCUCAGCCAUUGGACCUCAUCAAACUCAUCCUCCCACUGUAUCUGGCCAGAGAUCAACUGCAGUACCGAUGGCUCAUCAAAUUACUUGACCGGGACAAUACCCGAGGAUUUUGGAAGACUAACCAAACUAUCGGGUUUGGCUUUGUUUAUCAAUCAAUUAUCUGGAAAAAUUCCAGAUAGCAUAGGCUGUCUUCCAGGGUUGAUAAAUUUUAAUUUGUUUAGCAACAAUUUAUCAGGUACUCUACCUCCGGACCUUGGGCGAUAUUCUAUGCUUGAAGAGUUUCAAGUGUCUUCCAAUAGACUUUCUGGUCAGCUGCCACAACACUUGGGUGAUAAUGGAAGGUUGGUAGGAGUGGUAGCUUUCAACAACGACCUCAGUGGUGAACUGCCCCAGUCGCUUGGAAAUUGCAACAAUUUAAUAAUUCUUAGUGUUCAUAAUAAUAGGUUUUCUGGGAAUGUUUCUAGUGGCCUAUGGACAUUAUUGAAUUUGAGCAUUUUGAUGUUAAGCAACAAUUCUUUUACAGGUGAGCUUCCUGAGAAAUUGUCACGCAAUCUUUCUCGAUUAGAGAUCAGUCAUAACAGGUUUUCGAGUAAAAUUCCGGCGGGAGUGUCCUCCUGGAGGAAUUUGGUGGUUCUCAACGCUAGUAAUAACCUCUUAGAUGGCACAAUUCCUCAAGAAAUAGCAGCUCUUUCUAACUUAACUACUCUUUUGCUUGCUAACAACAAACUCUCGGGCUCUCUUCCUUCAAAUAUUCUAUCAUGGAAAUCGCUGACUACCCUAAACCUUGCCAGAAAUGCAUUCUCUGGACAAAUUCCAGAGGAAUUUGGUUCAUUACUAGGCCUUACUGAUUUGGACUUGUCAGAAAACCAACUGUCUGGCGAAAUUCCAUUGCAACUUGGCCGCCUAACAGUAGGUUUUCUCAAUCUCUCUUCCAAUCAUUUGACUGGGAGGAUCCCAAUUGAAUUCAAUAAUGAUAUAUAUGCAGGAAGCUUCUUGAACAAUCCCGGUCUUUGUGCUUAUAGCUCAUCAGUAAACAUUGACAAAUGCAAUUCCAAAUCAAGCAAAAUUUUGGUUCGAUUUCUUGUUUUGAUAAUAUGUUCGGUGAUAGCAACACUUCUACUAGCUUUAUUCUUCGUGAUCAGGAUUUUCAUGAGAAGAAAGCAAGGAUUGGAUUUGACUUGGGAGCUCACCUCAUUCCACAGGCUGAAUUUUACGGGAUCAGACAUUAUGUCAGGAAUGACAGAAAAUAACGUGAUAGGCCGUGGUGGAUCAGGGAUGGUAUACCGUGUUGCAGUGAAUCCUUCGCGUGAUAUUGUUGCUGUGAAGAGGAUUUGGAAUAGUGGAAUGCUAGAACAAAAGCUUGAGAAACAAUUUCUUGCAGAAGUUAAAACAUUGAGUACCAUACGACAUUCCAAGAUAGUGAAGUUGCUCUGUUUUAUCUCCAGUGAGGAUUCAAAAUUUCUUGUCUACGAGUAUUUGGAAAAUGGUAGCUUGGAUCUAUGGCUGCAUAGGAAGAGUGGAGCAUCAACUUUCUCAGAUUCAGUCCAACAAGUCAACCUGGAUUGGCCUAAGAGGUUGCAGAUAGCAGUUGGUGUUGCCCAUGGACUCUCCUAUAUGCACCAUGACUGCUUACAACCCAUUGUUCAUCGAGAUGUGAAGUCAAGCAACAUUCUUUUAGAUUCUGAGUUUAAUGCAAAACUCGCUGAUUUUGGUCUUGCCAAGAUGUUAAUCAGACACAGAGAAUCUGCUACAACGUCAACUGUGGCUGGCUCUUUGGGCUACAUAGCUCCAGGUGUCUUUGGGGUUGUCCUUCUGGAACUGACAACUGGAAGAAAAGCUUAUGAUGGUGAUGAAAACACAUCACUUGUCCAAUGGGCAUGGCGACAGAUUCAGGACAGCAAGACUAUUGUUGAUGUCUUGGACGAGGAGGUUAGGAAACCCUGCAACUUGGAUGAAAUGUGCUUCGUCUUCAAACUUGGAAUCUUGUGUACGUGUACGAAUCCUUCUAAAAGGCCGUCCAUGAAAGAGGUUUUGAAGAAUCUGCUCCGACCAAACCCAGCCCCAAAUCGUGGCUCUUCAGGUCAAAAUGAACCGCACAGUAGAUCGGGCCGAAGGCCCACCUGUCAAGUAUGUGGCAGAUUGGGUCACACAGCUUUGGUCUGCUGCCACAGGUUUGAUCAAACCUAUCAAGCUGAUGGGCUCAAUCCCACAGCCGACACUGCUGCCGCGGCACAAUCUUGGGACCUAAAUUGGUACCUGAACAUCGGUGCUACCCACCACAUCCCCUCCGACCAAAGCAACCUAAAUAUUCGCUCGGAGGAAUAUGAUGGCCUCGAUUAA